AUGGCUCCUGCUUAUACCCAGAGGAGCGUAAGUACGGACGGUAAAAGGUCACAUUCGUGGCACCGUAUUGAAAAAGUCAAGGCCAAACUUCAGAGAGAUCCUCGUUUACAGCGAGAGAGAUGCAGUUCGAGCAGUUCACACCUUAGACCUCCUAUACGGCAAAUUUGGCAAUACCAUCAACGAACACCGAUCCCAAUAAAAAACUCCCUCCCAUAUGUUUUCUCCCCCACGCCGCCUCUUGAAAUUUUCAUGGCUCCGGUCAUGGAACGAACUUUGUCCGGGGACUCGAUUGUUUCCGAUGACUAUGUUUCAAUACCUUCUACUGCUCUCCACGAUAACACCAUUUUGAGCGACGACCAAGCCGCCAAUCUCAUUCAAGAUUACUUCCACUAUGACCCACCUCCAAAUCAUAUCCACCUCGAGUUCGAACUCCGCAAUCUUCUCCUCAAAGCCUAUCUCUCAGACCGUGCCAUCGACCGCAUCAUCUACCUAAUCGACACCAUAUUCUUCCGACAUUCCCUCCACAACCGCGUGCGUCUCUCCUGGUCCUCGCCCUCCCAACCUCGCUAUUCAUCCGAGCUAAUCGGCACCACGGCUCUUCGUCUCGCUUCUUUUGGCGGCUUCGAAACCUUGAUUGUUUUAUCGGAACCUAUUUUGCGCGAUCCUCAAUACGAUGGCCGAUUAUUGUUGAGUGCGUUAUUGCAUGAAUUGGUGCAUUGUUAUCUCUUUGUCAAAUGUGGAUUUGGAGCUAAGGAAAUGGGGGGGCAUACGGAUGGUUUUCAUCGCGUGCUGGGGGUUAUUGAUGCGUGGGUGGAGAGGUGGAUUGGUGGGGAUUGGUUGAGGUUGUGUAGUAUGAGGGCGAAUUUGGAGUUUUUUAGAGUGCGGAGGGAGGUGGAGGUGCCGGUGCUGAGGCCGCUGCAGCAGAGGUUGGUGGAGGGGAUGGGUCAUUGGAGGGACGGAGAAAGGGAGAGGGAGAGUGAGAGCAUAUGGGGAAAAAAGGUACACCAAAGUCAUCAUCCCCACGCAGGAUGCGGUCAAAGUCCUGGGCCGGGAACCGAAAGAGCAUUGCGCGGUGCAAAUGAUCUUAUGCAAUAUAUUGGCAUUGACGAGGGAUUUCGAUAA